AGGUUGUGGGCCAUCACCUGUACCGCCAGCCAGGCGCGUUGGCGGCGAAGCGCCCCGAGGGGAGAUGGUUCAGCCCGACGCCGUACUUGAGGUCGCGUAUCGCAUUCUCGAUCUCGGCGUGGCGGCGAUGGUCGGCCUCCAGUUCGAGCAUCUCCCGUCCCGGUCGGUGAUGAAGCCGUGAUAGCUGUAGGAGCGAAGAGGGCCAGUUGGGAGCCGGGCGCGGGCUGCACCCGCCGGACGAUGAGCCGCACCGGCGCGG